UCCAAAAGGGAAAAUGAAAGAGGGCCUAGGAGGAACAAGUCCCAGCCAUCCCCCAGGAUCCCUCCCUCAGCUCUAACACCUCAGCUCCAGCUCCAGGGUGAGUGGGGUCAGCGCCAUGGGCGAGUGGGCGUUCCUGGGCUCGCUGCUGGACGCCGUGCAGCUGCAGUCGCCGCUCGUGGGCCGCCUGUGGCUGGUGGUCAUGCUGAUCUUCCGCAUCCUGGUGCUGGCCACGGUGGGCGGCGCCGUGUUCGAGGACGAGCAGGAGGAGUUCGUGUGCAACACGCUGCAGCCGGGCUGCCGCCAGACGUGCUACGACCGCGCCUUCCCCGUCUCCCACUACCGCUUCUGGCUCUUCCACAUCCUGCUGCUCUCGGCGCCGCCCGUGCUCUUCGUCAUCUACUCGGUGCACCGGGCCGGCAAGGAGGCGGGCGGCGCGGACGCCGGGCCCGGGCCCCCGCCGCGCCGCCGCUGCUACCUGCUGAGCGUGGCGCUGCGCCUGCUGGCCGAGCUGGCCUUCCUGGCGGGCCAGGCGCUGCUCUACGGCUUCCGCGUGGCCCCGCACUUCGCGUGCGCCGGCCCGCCGUGCCCGCACACCGUGGACUGCUUCGUGAGCCGGCCCACCGAGAAGACCGUCUUCGUGCUCUUCUACUUUGCCGUGGGGCUGCUCUCCGCGCUGCUCAGCGUGGCCGAGUUGGGCCACCUGCUCUGGAAGGGCCGCCCGCGCGCCGGGCGCUGUCGCCAGGGGGCCGAGCGCGACGGCCGCCGCCGCCGGGCGCACGAGGAGGCGCAGCAGCUGCUCCCGCCGCCGCCGCUGCCGCCGCCGCCGCUACCCCCGAUCCCGCCCUCCCGCCGCCCGCGCCCCGACGACCCCAGCGGCCCGCCCGCCUACGCGCACCCGGGCCCCGCCGGAGACAGCGAGGGCGGCAGCGGCCGCAGCAAGGCGUCCCUGGCCACCGUCCGCCAGGACCUGGCCAUCUAGAGGCGGGCGGAACAGGGCGCUGCCCGAGCCCUUCCUGGGGGCUGU